AUGGGAAGGUUACUUGCCAGUGGAUUACUUUCGAAAAUGGGAGGCAAUGAAGAAUGGAUAACAAUUGUAAACAAAGGCACGCCAAGGAAUUUUGAGAGGAUCAAAACAACAUUGUUAUCCAUUGACUUGUCCAACAAUGGAUUCAAAGGGCGGAUACCAAAAUUCCUCAAAAAUUUCAAGGGGCUUCAAUCACUUAACUUAUCUAACAAUGAACUUGAUGGUCCCAUCCCAUCAUCUUUGGUCCAACUCAUGACAAGAAAUUCUAAAGGUGUGCAAGCGAGCUAUGCAACUGAUGUUAUUCCCACGGAGUCUUCGAUUAAAUCACAGACAAAAGAAAAAAAUGCUGUAGAGAUUUCCAAAGUGACGAGGAAUUAG